AUGGUGGGUGGCGACAUGGCAUGGGUUGGAGGCACCAUCAUAGAGUGGAAGUGCGACAUCGAGGAGGGUGUGUUGAGGCGGGUGCCUCAUCAGGAUGUCAGGACAGGACCGGGUGGUGAGGGCGACGAUAUCAGUGUGGUUGAGGCCGCACAGGGGUGUGUUCAUGUGACGUACGAGGUGAGUGUAGGGACAGGGGCGAGGAGAGGGAACAACAGGGGGGCGUUGGGUGGGAUGGUGGACAUAGCGCUGAGUGUGAGGGACGGAGGGUCAGGGGAAGUGGAAAGUGAGGUGCUGUUGAGCCUGAACAAGAAGAGGUGGGCGCGGUGGCUCGAGGGGGUGACGAACGAGAGCAGGUGGCACAAGUCGACAUCUACGCGGAAGGUAAAGAGUGUGUUUACGAGACUGGUGGCUGCGCGGUCACUGGCGAGUAAGUGCGUCGUCAUGAAGGCAGGAUAUGAAGAUCUGCCGACGUCGCUGUUUACGCGGAGCGCGACAGCAGAUGAUCGUGGAAGACAUCGGUAG